AUGGCUGGAGCAUAUGACCACAACUUUCUCCUUUCCAACGCUGACCACAUCAACUUUAACCAGUGGAUAGACGAGAAUUUCCACGAAUCUACCUCGAAGUUCGACCUGACGGAAAUGGAUCCCCUCGACAACGUUUUCAAGCCGCAGGAGCACAUCGAUCGCCUCGGUUCUCCUGAUCAAUGUUUUGUUGAUUGUGAUCUGGCUUAUUUGAUGAGUCCUACCUUUCCACCUGCCCCGGCCGCGGGGUCUGAUGCGUCUGGGACUGCCAAGGCUGAGUCUCCAGAGAUGUUUGACUUUACCUGCCUUGAUGCCGAUAUUACCUCUGGACAGGAUAUGAGUGGAGGUAACAGUACUUCAGAUGGGAUGUUCGAGGGGGGUGUUACGACUACUCUUACUCCUGCUGCCGAGACUCUUCGGGUUGCCAGCGUUGACCCUGCUAUGAUGGAGUAUCAACAAGAGAGUCAGCCGGCCAAGACUCAAGUUCAGGGCCACUACCAACCUCAGCCUCAGGUUCAGGUUCAGGGUCAUUAUCAGCUUCAGCCUCAGUAUCAACUUCCGGUUCACACUCAGGCUCAGUUUGAUGGUCAGGUCCAGACUCAAGCACCUCCUUACCAACCUCUGCUCAAUAGACCAUGCACCUUUGGAAACCAGCAAAUACAAGCGAACCAGUAUUUGAACUUGCAUCCUCAGAGACUCAUCACUUCCCAGCCUGAUCCGCCUCAAUCUCAGCCCCAGCCUCAGUAUCACUUCCCAACCGUGAUGCCCUCCUACAAUCCGAAUCCCCCUCAACAAAUCCGUCCAGCCAUUGAACAACCUCCCAAGAAAUACCGCGCUCCUGCUAAACCCACAGCGCAAAACCCGAGCCAAGAAUGGCUAGUUCCCAAGCUGGAUCACUUUACGCGCCAAUACCAAGGCUACAUCAAUACCCCCAACAUGGCCAAAACUGUAGAAAGCGUCUUCCUCUCUCUAUCUCGUCCCCCGGCAAACGCCACGACAACUCGUCAUGCCAAUGAUCCAAGCUUUCCCCGAACAAUGCAGGAUUAUCGUAACUGCGUCAAGCAAAUGUUCGAGGCCAUAUGCGACUGGUCCAGUACUCGUGAAUGGCGGGCAAAGAUGGGCCAUCCCUUGGCAACGCAGUGGGUUGAAAAGGUCAAAAGAAAUCGUCGGAAUCUCGGCUUGUCAACCGCGGCGAGUGAUCUCACGGAUGAAGAUCUGGCUCCUCCUGCGAGCGAGAUGCCUCCUGUUGAUGAGCAAUGGAAGAAUGUCAUUCAUCGUCGUUUGUCUGAUAUCGAGAUUGAACUUCUCUGCGCCAAGAUCUUGGGUGAAGCUAUGUUUGCUCAGGAGGGUCGAAACUUCAUUCCUCUAUGGAGCAACAGCGAAACGCAGUGGGAAGAUCGCAUUCUGAAUGCCUUUCGACUCAAUAAAGUCUUGAUCCAUUCUGCUCUUCGCGCCUCUUGGAUCUCACGAAUCACAAACUCUCCAUUCUCCGAGACUCGUCGCAAAGAUCAGAACAAAGCUGGUAAUGAUCGCAAGCGAACUCUCAUCGAGCAGGUUGAGAAUGGACGCAAGAGACCUGUGAAUGAACAGGGUGGUGGCAAGCAGAAGCGACCCCGAACUUAA